AUGGAGCGUUUCCAACAUUCAUCUGAAACCAUCAACCGAUAUUUCUCAGUCUGUUUGAACUCUCUUGUUAGUUUGGCCCAGAAGGUAGUGAAGCCCGAGGAUCCAACGUUCAAUUCAAUUCCUUUACAAAUUGCAAAUGACCCUCGGUACAUGUCAUUUUUUAAGUUCGCUACCAGAAACUUGAGACAUGGAUUUCCAUACCCACCUCCAGGUAAAUACUAUUUGGUUGAUGUUGCAUAUCCGUUACAAAGGGGAUAUCUGAAGCCCGAUCCAGAUACGAAGUACCACAUUCCUGAUUUUGAAAGAUCUAGUGGUGUCACACGAGGCAAAAAAGAAGUUUUUAACAAAAGACACUCUUCAUUGCACGGGGUAAUUGAAAGAGCGUUCGGACUGUGGAAAAAGAAGUGGGUCAUAUUACGGGAUAUGCCGUCCUACCCUUUUCCAAAACAAGUACAAAUAGUUGUUGGUACAAUGGCGCUACACAAUUUCAUCCGACGCCACCCUUCCAGAUCGGAUGCAGAGUUUGUCAUUUUAGAAGAUGAUUCAGUGCAAAUCCCACAUGAAGCAUUUGAAUAUCACUUGGGACGUCCGAUGCCUGAAAAGUUUGCUUCAGAAGAUGCAUGCACUCGAGAGGGUGAAGGUGCAUCAGAGAUGACAAGUUUACGAGAACAAAUAGCAGAAGAUAUUCUCCGGUCAUGA